GCUUCCCCAAGGCGCCAUAGAAGACGUCCAGUGUUCCUGGGCGACGGUUCAGCAUGUAGUCCUGCCUACCAGACUGCCACCACCAUGGCAGGCCCCAUCAGACAACCCAUAAACCUCGACAAUCUGUCCAAAUACAUCGAUCAGAAUGCGCCCGAGAUCAAGACACCCAUAGAUGUGAAGCAGUUCGGAUAUGGCCAAUCGAACCCAACGUACCUCCUCACCGACUCCACGGGCGCCAAAUAUGUCAUGCGAAAGAAGCCUCCGGGAAAGCUCCUCUCCAAAACCGCCCACCAGGUCGACCGAGAAUACCGGAUAAUAGCAGCGUUGCAAGAUACAGCUGUGCCUGUACCGAAAGCGAUAUGCCUCUGUGAGGACGACAGCGUGGUGGGCACUGCGUUCUAUAUCAUGGGCUUCCUGAAUGGUCGUAUCUUCGCGGAUCCCUUGAUCCCAGAUGUCUCAGCGGAGCACAGACGAGCAAUGUGGAAGAGCGCGGUCACGACUCUGGCCAAAUUCCACAGUGUAUCGCCCAAGAGUGUGAACAUGGAGAAUUUUGGACGUCCGAACAACUUCUACAACCGACAGCUGAAGACGUUUGCGACUUUGAGUGUAGCCCAAGCUCAAACGAAAGAUGUUGAGACAGGAGAGCCUGUUGGCGCUAUUCCACACUACGAUGAUAUGGUGAAGUUCUUCGCGAACCCGGCCACGCAGCCCAAAGAUCGCGGAACGUUCGUACACGGAGACUACAAGAUCGACAACAUGGUCUUCCACCCAACAGAGCCAUACGUCAUUGGCAUCUUGGAUUGGGAAAUGGCCACCAUUGGCCAUCCCUUGUCCGACAUUGUCAAUCUCACAUCUCCCUGGGUGUCUGCCGAUAGCCCUCUCGCCAAGUCCAUAGGCCGUGCAAAUGACAGGUUCAAAGAUGGCAACACCCCCGGCCUGCCGACCAGGAAAGAGGUGUUGCAAUGGUAUCAUGAAGUCGUAGACUGGGAGUACUCGGAGAAGGAACUCACCUGGGGCGAUGCGUUUGGUCUGUAUCGUGGCGCGAUUAUUUGCCAGGGUAUUGCAGCGAGAUAUGCUGUACGGCAGGCGAGUAGUCCGAACGCGCUGGAAUAUGGCGUGCAGGCGAAGCCGAUGGGCGAGAUGGCUUGGCUCGAUGUGCAGAAGUAUGAGAAGCAAGCGAGGGAAGAGCAAGGGAAGGCGAGGCUGUGAAGGACGUAUAUACAAUCUGUCACCUGCAUUCGGGGAUCGGACAACAGGCUAUAUCACGCUCUCUGGCAAUUUGCGACCCUUUUGGCAGUGGGUUUAGGGCAGCUUAUUGGCAGGAGAGCCCCGAAAGGUUCUUGAGCUUACAUUCCUUAAAUCUGUGUAUGCAGAUGACACAUUGCAGGUCUUGGUUUGACACUGCUCGUGCCUCCGUUUGCUUGCACUUCUGUCUCGUCCCCCGAAUGGCCAUCAGGUGACAUUGAGCAGCGAAAGUGCUGGGACGAAUUGUGGCGGAAACAAAUCUCUCGCACCGCGUCCACGACGCGACAUAACCACACCCUCAACAUCAUUCAUGUCUCGCACGACGGCCGUAGACACGAUGCAGCCGCUCGUAACUCAAGAACGAUGUUGCCGUUACGCUCAAGAAGAUGACGAAUCACGCAGGCGCUCCUUCGCUCGAGCAGGCUGAAAAGGUCAUCGGACGCAAGGAUUUGAGCAAGUACAGAGACCGAAACUUCACGAUACCACUUAGUGCCAUCACAGGCCAGAUGCGCAUGUAGUCUGGUAGUCUAAAUCCCUCAGCUCUAGCUGCUUGGAAGGCCGUUACAGGGUCACCAUACCGACU